AUGAGCAACAACAUUCCCCGGAGACUGGGGAACUACUGGUUAGAUGAACUUCUGGGUUCCGGUUACUCGGGCUCCAUCUUCCGUGCCUUCAACGUUUAUACCGGUGAUUGCGUCGCGCUGAAGGUCCAAGAUGUGAACCACGAAUGUCCCACAAACCGUUACGAAGAGUACAUCUAUCCUCUGCUUCAAGGAGCCGAGGGUAUGCCUACGCUGUGGGCUUCUGGUGUACAAGGCAAAUGGCACUACCUUGUCAUUAGCUUGUUGGGGGCAAGCUUGGAGAAUAUUUAUAGAAAAGGUGGGAAAAGAGCUAUGGACCUGCGGAGCGUGUGUUCGAUAGCUAUACAAAUUAUACGUCUUCAGACAAUGCACAAUCGCGAGGUCCUACACCGCGAUAUUCAGCUCGGGAAUUGUGUUGUGGGCCGCCCCCCUAACGAAACCACGAUUUACAUGAUCGACUUUGGGUUCUCAAAGCGAUACAUUGAUCCUUACAGCCGUCGACAUAUUCCAGACUCCAAAGUUAAGAGAGAGUUUCUUGGCAACUACUGGUUUACUUCGGUCGGUGUCCAUUGUAAAGGGAAGGUACCUUCGCGGAGGGACGAUCUGGAGGCAGCUGCGCUGAUGUUCAUACAUCUGCUCACACCGGGGGGACUUCCGUGGACACGGAACGGAGUGCCCAAGACAGAAGAACAGCACCGCCGUAUCAAGUGUGCCAAGGAAGCUGCUAGGCCGGAAGACCUCUGUCGUGGCAUGUCCUCGGAGUUCGAGGAGUUUCUGAGAUACUGUCGUCGAUUGAAGUUUUCUGAUCAGCCCGAUUAUGAGCGGUGGAUUGAUGAGUUUCGAGAACUCGCACGUGAAAAUGGGUUCACAGACAUUGAUAAGUUCAUAUGGCCACCACCCCCACUUCAGACGAAACCCGCUCAGCUGCGCAGUUUAGAUCCUCCUCGACCUGCGGUCACUCCAUCAGAGAUGGAGAACGUCUUGCAUGAUCUAGCCAAACUCAAACUUAAUAACAGGCCAAUCCUCGCAGAGCGCACGAACAAUUGCCCACCGCAACUGGAUAAGCCGCCCCAAGGUUUCGAGAAGAAAACGGAGGUUAUUGAUCUCAGUGGCGAUGCGUCAGGCGGCAGUACCGAACCAAGUCCCCCCAAAAAAAUGAUCCUUCGAACUCCUGUUCGUGUUAAGAAGGCAACCCGACUCGAAAAGCUGAGGCUUUCUGUACUUGACGCUACCAACAAUGUGAUGCUGUCCAGCGUCAUUGCCGAAUUCAGCAUAUUCCUCAAGGAGACAGGUUCGAAGACGCUAACACGAGAGGGCUUUGCAUUUUUAGACGCAUUGUACAAACAACUCGCCGACCCUUCGGUUUUUGCGCAACCGAUGCGGACUCGCAGCUCUGUUGAAGAAGCCUCGGGAGGAAGUCAGCCUGCCCACGUGAAAUUGGGUGUGGUUGCAAGACUCCGUAGGGAAGUAGCAACCGCCCAAAGUAACCGAAUGCUAGCCAAGCUGGUCGCAGACUUUGGAGUGGUGACAAAUAAGAGUAGUACACGGACAAUAACGAAGGACGGAUUUGCUUUUCUCGACGGUCUCGCCGUUCGCUUGAAGAUGCUGCAGUAG